CAGGGCACACAGCUAGCCCAGGAAGGUAGCCAGCCACGCACGGAACGAAAUCGUCCUGAAUCGUCGUUUCCUUUUCUUUCCAGCGAUUCUCGCCCUGAUUCACGCACUGAACCGUCGCCGUCUCGUCCAGUCGUCCUGAUCCAGUCCGGAUUCCCUGACCGGCCGAGGUCUGACUGCAUCACUGAAAUCCAUAGUUCCCUGAUCACGUUGUGUACAUCUCGGCAAGAAAUUGUGGGAAAGAUCAAGAUCAAGAGCUGCAUCCAUUGGUAGUGUAACCAUGUUGCCUAAAAAGCAUCCAUCUGGUCAUCAGAAAAGAACUAACAAGAAACGAGUACAGAAGUUGAUUCGAUCUCAGAGAGGGGCUAUGAAUAAAUUCGUGUUGUGGAAGGAUACUGAUAUGAAUUUUACGCAAUUAUAUAUCACCAAUGGCGAACAACCAGAUCAGACUGAGAAUGCAGUUGGGGGAAAUUGUGCCGAUGUUGAUGCCAAUCAGAACACCCGAAAUUUUAGUGGCCAUGGAAACAUAGAUGAGCAGGCUUCUUCUUUUGAUAUUUAUGAUCCUAGAACUUGGAAUAUUCUUGACAAUAAAUCAAGAGAUAUUCUCAUUGAAAAAGGACCUACAAGGGAGUACAAUCCUGUGUUUCCCGUGGAUAAGAAAGGCAGGCAUUUUUCAUAUGCUUACUACUCAAGACAGCUAAGGAAUGGUGAGGCCAGUGAUCGGAGGUGGUUAGUGUACUCUAAACAUGUGAAUAAAGUUCAUUGUUUUUGCUGCAAAUUGUUCAAAUCUGAAAACAGCAAAAGUUUGCUAGCAUCUGAGGGAUUGAUGGAUUGGAAACAUCUUAGUGAAAAGCUGAAAUUACAUGAGAACGGUGCUGAGCAUAUCACUAACAUGAAUACUUGGAAUGAGGUAAGGUUGAGGCUAAGUAAGAAGGAAACAAUUGAUAGAGAUUUGCAAGAAGAGAUUGCAAGGGAGAAGAAGCGCUGGAGACAAGUUUUAAUUAGAAUUGUUGCUGCUGUGAAAUUUCUUGCUAAACAUAAUUUGGCUUUUCGAGGAGCAAAUGAGAAAUUAUAUCAAGAUACAAUGGGAACUUUUUGGGAGUAAUUGAAAUGAUGGCAGAAUUUGAUCCUGUAAUGCAAGAGCAUCUUCGGCGCAUUCAGAAUAAUGAAAUCCAUCAUCAUUAUCUUGGCCAUAAUAUUCAGAACGAGUUAAUUUCCCGUCUUGCUUGCAGUGUUAAAGAUUCUCUCUUGAAGAUAAUUAAGGAUGCAAGGUAUUUCUCUGUCAUUUUAGACUGUACCCCUGAUGUGAGCCAUCAAGAACAAAUGACUCUAAUUGUGAGAUGUGUAAACAUGUCAAGUGCCAGUACAAAAAUAGAGGAGUUUUUUCUAGAGUUCAUGAAGGUCGACUAUACGUCGGGACUUGGACUUUAUAAUGUGUUAAUUGAUACACUUGAAUAUGUUGGUUUGAAUGUUCAAGAUGUUCGUGGACAAGGGUAUGACAAUGGUUCGAACAUGAAGGGAAAAAACCAAGGGGUACAGAGCAGAUUGCUAGCAACUAAUCCAAGAGCAUUGUACAUGUCGUGUGCUUGUCACAGCCUGAAUCUUACUCUCAGUGAUAUGGAAAAAUCUUGCGAUAAAGCUAUAACUUUCUUUGGUGUUGUGCAAAGAAUUUACAUAUUGUUUUCAAGCUCUACUAAAAGAUGGCAGCUAUUGCUUGAUCAUGUUCCAAAAAUGACAGUUAAGUCUUUGUGUAAGACUCGAUGGGAGAGUCGAAUAAAGAGUGUUCAUGCUACCAGAUAUCAAGCACCUGAGUUAAUAAAAGCUUUAUUGGAAUUGAAGAGAACUUCUACUGAUGACGCCAAGACUAAGAGCGACGCAAAAUCUUUGGCUAAUGCACUUGAGAAAUUUGAAUUUAUACUGGGCAUGGUCAUCUGGCAUGAUGUUUUGUUCACGGUAAACAUGGUGAGUAAGAAAUUGCAGUCUAAAUUCGUGUGUAUUGAUGUUACUCUUAAACAGAUUGAAGGUGCCAUCUCAUAUUUUGAGAAGUACAGAAAUGAAGGCUUUGCUACUAGCUUGGAUAUUGCGAGAUCUAUUGCAAUCGACAUGGGUGUACAACCUUUAUUUCCUGUAAAGCGGCGUAUUACCAGAAAAAGACAAUUUGAUGAAAUUAAUGGCAAUGAAGAAAAUGACCAGAAUCAAGAAGCGCAAGAAAUUGAGGUGGAAUCAUUUAGAGUUAAAUACUUUUUGGUGAUGAUUGAUGUUGCAAUUGCUUCCUUGACUAGUAGAUUUGAGGAACUGAAGUCAUUUGGGAGCAUAUUUGGAUUCUUGUUCAACUCAAAAGAAUUGAAGUUGUUGGGUGAUAAUGAUCUAAGAAAAUGUUGCACUAGUUUUGUCAACACUUUCACUCAUGAUGACAUUGCCAAACACACUCAUGUCAGCGGAUCAGUAUUUGAGUUUGUUAGAGUUGCGGAUUCUUAUCCAAAUGUCUCAAUUGCUUAUCGUAUCCUCUUGACUGUGCCGGUCACUGUUGCAUCAGCUGAAAGGAGUUUCACAAAAUUGAAGUUACUAAAAAAUUAUUUGAGGUCAACAAUGUCCCAAGACAGACUGAAUGGUUUGGCCAUGUGCUGCAUCGAGAAGAAUAUGUUGGACAAUAUUGAUCCUGACAUUGUCAUUGAUGAUUUUGCGUCAAAAAAUGCACGGAAGUCUCGCUUCUCAUGA